UUCAUAUGAACCGGAUGCAAAACGGACUUGAUUAGAUCGCGUGCCCUUUUCAAGAUGAAGCAAUCGUGAAGCCUAAUCUACAAAUGUGCUCUUUGCGUCUGGAAACAUUCGAUUUUGCAUAGUCAAUAAAUACGUUUAAAAAAACGUGCGCAAGUGGAUAAAUUAUGUAUCGUGCACUGUACAAUCGUACAUUGCCGGCAAGUUUUCUAAGCCCUUCGAUUUGCUUAUAUAAAAUAGAAUGUAUCUAGAUGCAGAGAGCACAUUGUAGAUUAGGCACUAACGUUUUAGUCUUCACGACAUCGCAAUCCUCGUGACGUGUGCCCGCGAUGAAACGAACGGAAGGCACGUGCGCGCGCUUAUUUUUAUUGGGCGAACGAGGAGUCGCGGGGAAACCCGGAAAUAUACCGCCGGACCGAUACGUUAUUCAUGAACGCUGCAACGCCUCUGCGUCAAGAGGUUCUCGCACGUACGCGCCUCUCCAAUUGCUAGAAAUGUUUCGGAAACGCUCAACUCGUAUGUAUCUCACCUUGUCGAUCCGGGCGCGAUCUGCCAAAUGCGACAGGAUGUAGCGUCCAGUCGCCGCAAUUGAGUCCGCGCGUCGAACCGUAAAACCCAUUUCUCGGUGAUAAAAAAGAGAGCUGCGGAUUAUCGAGAUGAGCGGAAUGAAGAAGGCGAUCGGAGGGUCCAUUCACAGAAUACGGGAGUUCGAGCUCGAAAAGGUGAAUCUGAUCGACGAGUUCGACAUCCUGCAGAUCGUCGGCGAGGGAUGGUUCGGCAAAAUCCUGCUGACCGAGCACCGUAGCACGCAGACCGAGAUGGUGCUCAAGGCCCUGCCGAAGGCGUACACCGGCGUCUCGGACUUCUUCCGGGAAUUUCACUACGGCUUGCAUCUGUCGGCGCACAGAAACAUCAUAACCACCUACGAUGUGGCGUUCGAGACGGCCGGUUUCUACGUUUUCAGUCAGGAAUACGCCCCCCUCGGCGAUCUCACGUCGAACGUGACGGAGACGGGGUUGGGCGAGCUGCACGCCAAGAGGGUGGCCCGGCAACUCGCCGCUGCGGUGCAUCACAUACACAGCCGCGAGCUGGUGCAUCGCGACAUCAAGCUUGACAAUAUACUCGUGUUCCGCAGCGACUUUUCGCGGAUCAAGCUCUGCGACUUCGGCGAGACCAGGCGGUUCAACGCCGUCGUGCGAAGGCACAACGAGUGGCUGCCGUACUCGCCGCCCGAGGUACUGCAGAUCGACACUGACGAGACGUACAAGGCUCGCACGUCGCACGACGUCUGGCAAUUCGGCAUUGUCCUAUUUGUCUGCCUGACCGGAUGCCUGCCGUGGCAGAAGGCGGCGAUGGACGAUCCGCGCUACACCAGGUAUCAAAACUGGCACAACGCGACGCUCAACAUCGCCAAGAAGCCGAAAUUAUUUCAGCUGAUCAGCUCGCGGGCGCAGAGAAUGUUCAAGAGGCUGUUGGACCCGAAGGCUGAAAAGCGGCCAGUCAGCGUGUUGGAAGUAAAUAAAUAUUUAGAAGACAGAUGGCUGGCGAAGCUCGGGGUCGAAAAAGCGCUGAACGGCGGCGCCGACGAGAGGGACGAGCUCUGCCCGUCCAUGUACAGCUUCCACAGCUCCUUGGAGGAGAAAAAUCAACUGCUCCACACUCUCACGACGUACGGCAUCGAGACGACGGUGGACCGCUCGAAGAAGAAGGAUCGUAUCAGGGAGUGGAUACAGGCCAGCGCGAUCGUCGAGGAGAACGAGGAGGACGAGUCGGACCUGUACGAAGACUCGGAGUUUUACGAAGAUGAGGACAGGGACGACGACGGGGACGGAAGCGAGGAGGUGGAAUCGGUCGCCAUGAGGGGCAGGCAUUUCCCGGAGAGGCGUCCGAGCGUCGCGACGAACAAUCCCAGGAAGAGAAGAGGCAGCGGUAGGGUCGCGACGGGUCGCGUCGUGUCGAAAAACAGAGUGCCCGUGAAGCCCCUCGAAAGGAAAAUACCGUUCGCUCCUCAAGUGGCCGAGGAGCGAGAAACGAUCGCGCGCUUCGCCAGCUUCCCCAACGGCGACCCGAAGCUCGCCGCCGUGGGGAACGGCGGCGAUCGGACUCAGGAUCUCUCCGCGCCUUCGGCGAACGUCGUCGGCGACGUGUCGACGAAUAACUUCUCGGGCAAUCUUCAAUCGCCUGGCGCUAACGAUUCGCGCGACUCAUCCCCGCUUCCUGUCAAACAAUCGGGAUCGAAGACCAGCGUCUCGGAUAGAGUCGUACCGAUGAGCCCGCUAAUCCCGGCCAGGAAGAACCGCGCUCACACGGCGCCGUUUUCGGGCGCGCGGUCGUCCGAGGCGUGGGCCGAUUCGGCGAGAAGGGCGCAGUCCGCGACAGUCCUGCGGACACCGGAAACGGAGGACCCUCCGUUACCGCCGCGCGCGCCAGCCAAGACGUCCGUCUCGUCGCAUCCGGCGACAGCUCGGGCGGACAAUCCCGCGUUGUCGACUUCACGAGCGGCGAGAUCGAUCGCUCCGCCGGUCGCGCGAGCUGAUAGAGCAGCGCCGAUAAUAAGCAACGCGUCUGCAACCGAGCCCCAGCCUCUCCCAGGCCGAGUCGAAGGCUCGCCGCCAAUCGCGACGCAAAUCACCACGUCGGCCGCUCCUCACUUGGCAAUGCAGAGCUUCAGCGCGCCGCAGGGUGCGAACUCGCCGGCGAGCUCGUCGCCGAGCACGAGCAAACGGGCCGAGGAGGUGAACGUGGCUUAUGGAAAAGACGCGUACGAACACUACGGCAUCGCCCAGGGAGUCAUGCUGCCGAUGAGAGUGAAUAUCGUCAGGCAAGAUUCCACUGGCAGCGGUAGUCGGUCCGCGAGCAACUGAUAGCGAAUUCAGUUGCUUGCAUUAGCGCGCACUGAGUGCAUGCUAACAGCGAAUUUGGUUGCCUGAACUAGUGUGCACUCGGCGCACACUGAAGCUAUAGUUUAUGGUCACUUCUUAUAUUUAACUUUGUCUUAAAAGUACACUGAGAAAAAUGUCCGGUUAUAAUCGGACAAUCCA